GGAGGAAGAAGAAAGGAGGAGGGUCUGUUGAAUUUUUAUGUGUUGAAAUUUUAGAAGAUGAUACAAUGGUUAAAGCAGCUAAAAGCAUCAUUCGGGUUCGCCUUUAUUUGGCUUGUUUGCUUGAUUUAUUUUACCCAGGGUUUUAGAUCCUUUGUAUGGACAGCUGUUUCUUACCAACUGAAAGAUAAGCUUAAAUUAUCCCCAUCAGCUUCACAACUUGUGUCUUCAAUAGUAUUCUUCCCAUGGAGUAUAAAACCAUUAUAUGGAAUUGUGUCUGACUGUAUUCCAAUCAAGGGGAGAAAAAGGAUACCUUACUUGGUGAUUUCAACUGUGCUCUCUCUUGUCCCGUGGCUUAUGCUUGGCUUAAAUGCAACCCUGAGAGGUUCCAGAUUGUACCUAGUGAUCUUAUUGACAAUGCAAAACCUUGGCUCAGCAAUGGCAGAUGUUGUGAUUGAUGCAAUGAUUGCUCAGGCAGUAAGACAUGAGGGGGCUUCAUUUGCUGGGGAUCUACAGUCCAUCUCAUGGUUAGCAAUGGCUUUAGGUGGAAUCUUUGGGAGUUUACUCGGAGGAUAUGCACUAACCAACUUACAGAUUGACACAAUUUUUGUUCUUUUUACUGUAUUGCCAGGGAUACAGUUAUUUUCAUGUGGCUUGGUUGAAGAAAAUUCUGUAGGUAGUAACAGUUGGACUGAUUUUUCUGGUUCAAACAUUUCCCACGAGGUUAAUGGGAAGAGAAAUGAUUCACAUGAAGAUGAUUUUUUAGCUAAAAAGUCCAACAUCAGUGUGUCAAGACGAAAGAGUCAAAAGAACAGCAAAAGGGGAGAAGUCUCUAGUGGGAAAUCUCAGAUUCCUGAAAAAGCCAACUCCUUAGCUCUGCAAUGGUUCCGAUCUCUGAAAGGAGCCCUUUAUAGCCUAUUCAAUGCUUUUAGACAACCAAUCAUUUUGAGACCGAUGGCUUGGUUUUUCCUUGCCCAUGUUACCAUCCCAAACCUCUCUACUGUCAUGUUCUAUUACCAGACAGAGUUCUUGAAUUUGGAAGCUUCCUUUUUGGGGACUUCACGGGUUGUUGGAUGGUUAGGACUCAUGUUUGGAACAUUUAUAUAUAAUAAGUACUUAAAAAAAAUGAAGUUACGCAGAAUUCUGAUGUGGGCUCAUCUUGGUUUGUCAUUGCUAACUGUGCUAGAUAUAGUUUUAGUUUCUCGAGCAAAUUUAGAGUUUGGAAUAUCAGAUAAGAUCAUGGUGCUGUGUGGAUCUGCUUUGGUUGAUGCAGUCAAUCAAUUCAAGCUCAUGCCAUUCCUGAUCUUGUCCGGACAGCUAUGCCCACCGGGAAUAGAAGGAACAUUAUUUGCACUCUUCAUGUCGAUAAACAACUUUGGAUCAACAGUUGGCUCAUUUGUAGGUGCUGGGUUGGCUUCAUUGUUGAACGUCUCCUCAGGAUCCUUUGACAACCUCCUUUUGGGGAUUGUUAUUCAAGUCAUCUGCACUUACAUUCCAGUGGCGCUUCUGUUUUUAAUACCCAAGGAAGCAACAGGAGUAUCGACAUAGGUAGUCACCAAUAUUUUUCUUUUUUUUUUUUUUCCGGUUUUUUUUUCCUUCCUUUUGAUUACAAAUUUAAAACAAAAAGGAAAUCAUCUUGAUUCUUUUACUCAUAGAUCAAAUUGCUUUCUGCUGAAAGGCAAUUAAGAAAGUUAGUAUAGUUGAUUUUCACACAGAAAAAUGAAUGUAAUAGUUAAGGAUGAAUUCACGUAGAUCAGUUUUGAUGAUAGUUCCUCAUACAGAUAGAACUCUGCUUGGUAGUUCAGUCGAGGUUUCUUGCUCAGUGGAUGCAAAGACUAUGUCAACAUGGAUGAAUCUUUUCAUACUGAUGAAAAUGUUUGUUGGUGCUGUAUUUGUUUUGAUAAUGAAGUAUGUUUUUUUUAAAGGGA